AUGUCGCUGUAUCAUGAUGCGGCCACAGUCUUGACCACGGAUUCCCUCGGAGGAUCCCUCAAAUCCAGGAUCUAUGGCAACAAGCUAGACCUGAAAUCCAAACCUGCACAUCUGUACGCCUUGAUCUCGGAGACGGCAAAGUUCGACCACUUCUUCAAAGAAGUCAUUGACAAUGCAGGCUUUCUGUCUCAAGAACCGAAGUUGACGCCGACACUUUCUCUCCUCCUCGUCCACGACCACUUCUUCUCCAAACGUGGGAUUGCCGCCUCCGCCAAUCAUCCUCUUCGGCAAGCGGUAGAAAGACACAAAGCAAGAUUACGCGCAGAGUUUACGAAGGCUAGAUUAAGAAGAAAGUGUGCGACGCUAGAUGACUUGAAAAGGCAUCUUCUGGAAGAGAAGCCGCCGUCGCAUCGCUCCCAGCCGCGAUGGAUCCGAAUCAACACCUUGAAAACGAGCCUUGACGAACAACUGGUUUCGACUUUCCACGGAUUCAAAACCGAUACGACAAUAGCGGAUAUUUCCGAAUCCCUGAGCACGACGAAAGCCCUGGUCAUUGACGAGCACAUCCCCGAUGUCAUCGCACUACCUCCCGAGGCGGACUUUACCAAGACAGAAGCGUAUAAGCUUGGGAAACUCAUUCUGCAGGACAAAGCCUCCUGUUUUCCAGCGUAUCUGCUGAUUGGGGAAUCCAACAAUGACACGACCAUCGGAGAUUGUAUGGAUGGGUGUGCGGCUCCCGGAAACAAGACCUCACAUCUUGCAGCUCUUCUCGCUCGCUCCAAGAGCACAAAGAGCAACAUAUAUGCAUGUGAGAGGGAUACUUCUCGGUCGAAAACAUUGAGGAGUAUGAUGCAGAGAAGUGGCGCAGAGAAGGUGAAGGUACUUUUCGGACAAGACUUUCUGGCUCUCGAUCCUUGCUCUUCGCACUACAAAAAUGUCACUCAUUUACUCCUGGAUCCAAGCUGCUCUGGUAGUGGCAUCGUUGGCCGCGAAGACGUUCCAUCGUUAGCCCUACCGCUCGACCCGAGGGCGCCCAAGAUCCAGCCAGGCAAGUCUGGAGAGCAGUCAAAGAAGAGGAAGAGAGGGCAAGAAGAAAUUGACCCUGUUCAGCUGCCGGGGGACGAUCCUGCCGGUGUGGAAGAAACCCGCGAGGUUGUAGUUGAUCAACAGCGGCUGCAGAAGCUCUCGACUUUGCAGACCAGAAUUGUGGAGCAUGCUCUCUCUUUCCCAGCCGCGACGCGAAUAACCUAUUCGACCUGUUCCGUUCACGUCGAGGAGAAUGAAGCUGUCGUGUCACGGGUUCUAGCCUCCGAAACCGCGAAGCUACGAGGUUGGCGUGUGCUGCGCAGAGAAGAACAGCCCGAGGGGCUGCGACGGUGGAAGCACCGGGGAGUAGCUGACCCGGCUGUCGUAGGCAGUCCUGCUCUAGACGAGGAACAACGACAGGCCUGCAUUCGUUGCCACCCAGGUGACGAGGACGGUACUAUGGGAUUCUUCGUCUGUGGCUUUGUUCGUGCCGAUGGAGGUGGCGGCAGUUUCAGCGAGGCUGAUGAUGGAUGGGAUGGCUUUAGUGAUUAG